CUCAGCAUAUAAGAGGUGACCUAAGCCCCGACUGGCCUCACAGCAAGCCUAGCAUAGAACUCCACUCAUCUGCUAGACAGACCAGUGCUGCGCUCACACCCACUCGUCUGGCUGUUCUUCACCCAAGCAGCCGAUAUCAUCACGACGACUACACUUCAGAGAGGUGUCUCUCUAAAGCCAACGGCCUGCACACAGGUAUCAUAACUGCUCACAAUGAAUCUUGAGGCGCCCAAAGCUGAGAUCAAGUCGGCCACCCGUGUCUCCGGAGGCCCUGCCACCCCACGCAAGGGACCACCCAAGUUCAAGCAGAGGCAGACGCGUCAGUUCAAGAGCAAGCCUCCGAAGAAGGGAAUCCAGGGAUUUGGUGAUGAUAUCCCUGGAAUGGAGGGCUUAGGCACAGACAUCACUGUCAUUUGCCCCUGGGAGGCCUUCAAUCACCUGGAGCUGCAUGAGCUGGCCCAGUACGGCAUCAUCUGAGCCUUUCUGCAUCUCCCGGCAAUCCUCUGAGGAUUACAGGCCAUGUCCAUGCACUUCAAACCAUCAGCCCCAGGCUCCAUCUCUUAACUUUCAAUGGAACUAUUCCAAACAAACUACCAUAAUGAACUGUAACAAAUACAAAAAAAUGGGAAAAGAGAAAAAACAUCUGCAAAAAAAUUACUUUCUGUCCUCUUUCUCUGGAUUCUUCUUCUGAUUCUGCAGUUCACACACAACAUCUGCUCAUGUUUAGGAUCUUUUGAUUUGAUUGUCACAACUUCACUAGAUCUGCGCUGUUACUCUAAACUACCAGCAGCCUUUUCUCUUUUCUUGCUGUCCUACUUUUUUCUCCUUUCCUCUUCUUUUCUAUUCUUCUCACAGACAAAACAUGAAACUUACGCAAGCAAGGCAGCCUCAAAUUGAGUUUAAGUGACAAACCCGUGAAGUGGGUGGGUUCCCAUUUCAUGUGCUUCGGCGCCUCUUUCGCCAUCUCAGAGGCUUGUCCAUCAACACCGAACAUAAAAUACAAAACCUGAAUUCUGUAGAGACUGGACACCAGCUUGCCAUUGCUGAGCGUAACCUUUCAGUGGGAUAACGUUAAUCAUUCGUCAUCAGAUAUCCCUCUCUUCCCUCUGUUUUGACCAACCUUUAACUUACUUCAACACACCAGUGUGUGAUUUGGCAGGGCAGUAGUGUGUAUCGUUCAUCAUUUGCCCAAACUGACAACUCAUCUUAGCCGAAGAGAUACAGCAUCUUCCAUCAUUAUGUUAGCUUGUGUUAACAUUAGUUUCACAUCUCUUCUUAUUUGUAUAUCUCCCUUGUAUAUUAAUGUAUAUGAAAAUAUGUAUUUUAUGUAUGCAUGUUUAUUUCUCAUACUUUCACACGACCUGUGUGUUGAUAUUUGUGUUUUCAAGCACAUUAUUUUAGCUCUCUUUUGUUGUUAUCUUGUAGAUUAGGACAUUUGACAUUUUUCCUCAUUGUCCUUCAUCUUUCAUCCGUCAUUCAGAGUUACAUUUAUUUGUUUCUGAUUUCACUGUUGUUUCAUCUCCAUUGUCCUCUUCAUCAUCGUAAUAUAAUUAUGUAAUCCUGACUUUAUCUUUUAGAGCAUUAUUCUAAUCAACAAGAAGUAACAAAGAACUUUUUCCUGAUGAUAUAAAGCUGGUAAUGGAAGAGUUGGUGGAUUUUUCUUCAAAUUUCGUCUCCAGUCUUGCACUGUAGCAGUGAGGGAUGGCAGAGGGAUGAGUGGGAUGGAUGUUCAGUACACACCGAGGUCUGAAGAGAUGUGUAAUGGAGCUUUGACUUCUCUACAGGAUUAGGUAAAAAAUAAAUAAAACAUAAAAAGAGGAAAAUAGAAA